UUUCAGAAAAUUCUUUUCAUGGCCGCUGCUCACAAGGUAUUCGAGCUUUCGCACGUUUUCAAGGACGUUUCAAAAAUAGGAGAUGACGAGUCUGUGUGCAGUCCAAAUGAAGAUUAUUUUGGUGUUCCCUGGAAAAUCGUUCUUCGUCACAAAGAUGAAAAAAUGGGUGUCUUCCUCAGUUGUGAAAAACCGUCAAACAAUGAUGCUCAUUGCAUUGUGAAUGUAGUCUACUCUGUGAAACUCAUGUCUUCUUCAGGCGUAUGCUAUAUAAAAUCUGAUUCAAAGCUAUUCGGAGAAAUAACAGAACAUGGAUGGGUGAAUUUCGUGAAUUGGAACACGAUGGUUGAUGCUUUCCUGAUCGAUGACAGUAUUAUUAUUGAAGUGUUGGUAAAAACCAUAUUUAUGUCGGGAUUACCGAAGAAAUCUCCGAAAAACUUUGAUGAAUCGAAUAAAGAGUUUUCUGAUGGGAUUGUUGUGGUGAAACACCAGAAUUUCCAUAUUCUGAAAAAGUUUCUGGCCUUUCAUUGUGAAUACCUCGAAAAACUUUUCUUUGGAGAUUUCAAAGAAGCCGGAAAAGCAGAAGUCACACUUAAAGCCAUCAGUUCCACCGAUUUUCACUAUCUUCUUGCAGUUCUUUAUGAAGACUAUGCUAUUGACGACGACAACGUCGGAGGUAUUCUCCGUUUGGCUAGCUAUCUUCAAGUUCCUAUUGUGAUCCGAAAAUGUGAACAAUUUUUAAUUGAAGGAUCAGGCAAACCAAUGGAGAUACGGCUCGACAUUGCCGAGAAGGAAUGUCUGCAAAACUUGAAGAAGCACUGUCUCUCAAAAGUUGGCACUGCCGAUCAGAUCGAAGCAGCGAGGGCGAUUCUUCCAUCAGAUAUUCCGAAGAGAGCGCUAAAAAAGUUCGAUGAGUCGAACAAGGAAUUUUCCGAUGUUAUUUUUGUCGUUGAACACAAUAAAUUCUAUGUCUUAAAGCAGAUCCUCGCAUCUCACUCUUCACACUUCAAGAAAAUCUUCGUGGAAAAUGUGGACAAACGAGAAUUCACACUUGCGGACAUCGACUCGAACGAUUUUCAGAAUCUUGUGGAGGUCAUGUAUGGAGUAUCCUUUAUCGAUGAUCUCACAGUCGAAGGAGUUCUUCAUUUGGCGCAUAUGUACGAUAGGCCUUUUCCAAUGCAAAAAUGCGUGGAAUUUCUGAUCGAUUUGUCAGAAAAAUCACCGAAGGAGAAGCUUAAAAUCGCUAAAGCUUAUCAAUUGAAGAAUUUGGAAAAGGCAGCUCUGGCGAGAAUCAACUUGCCCGAGUCAAUUCGGGCCGCAUUGUCUUGUGAUAUGGCUCAAAUGGAAGUGGAAGUUUUGAAGGCUCUGAUGCAGAAAGCACUAUUCCACUUGUCGGACACAAAAGUUCACACUGAGACGUUCUUCUAAAAUUUUUUCAUUUUUCUAUUUUGUUUUUUUGUGCCACUGAUUUGAAUUAAAUUGUUCUGUUUUAUCCUUGGUUUUAUGCUUAAAACGAUAAGCACUGAUGAUUUCCACCCAAAACUAAAAUAUCUGGGCAAACACUCAUUGAAUACCUUCUCAUUGACUACCUUUGCUCAUUGACUACCUUUUGCUCAUUGACUACCUUUGCUCAUUGACUACCCUUCGGCUCAUGGACUGCCUUUGCUCAUUGACUACUAGUUACUUUUUGAUGUCUAAGAAGGUCGUGCACUUUCUCAUUUCCUGAAAUUCCGGAAAAAAUGGAGAUGAGAUCUGAUGUAUAAAUGCUCAUUGACUACCUUCAAAUGCUCUUUGACUACCUCUAUCUAAUAAAAUUUUCCAAAAUUUA